GGAUCGAAGCCUCCACAAUUGGCCAUUUAUUACGAAAGGAGAGAAUUUUACCUUGCUUGACUUACGAUUCGCUUGCAGUCCAAUCGUCUUGGGUCAGCAUGAGGACUCGUAAUUCGGAUACACCGAAAUCGGCGACCCCCAAGAAGACGCCGCCGUCGAGAAAAUCCGCCACCAAAACGCCUCCGAAUCCUCCCGAGCCGGCCUUGGAAUCGCCUGCUCCGAAGCCCGCCGAGACGAAGCGUGGGGCGGCCACCAAAACGAAGCAGGUGAAGAAGAACGAGACCACACCCUCACCUAGCGCUUCGGAUUCGAAAGCAGAAGGGCCAUCGGUCGCCGAGGAGCCCAAAGCAUCAGCUGAUGCUGCCCAGCCUCAGGUGACACCAGGAACGAAAGUUGUGGCAAAAAAGUCUUCGGUGAAGAGGAUGACUGGGAGAACUAAAACGCCCGUUUCCAAGAAAGCUGUAAUGGUGCAGACACCCAAAUCUGGGGACUCUGAUAAGGAAAAACUUGAACACUCGCAGGAGGAGAAUGUUGAGUGUAUGGGUAAGGAUGAAGCCACUGUUGAAAAUGUUGGAGAGCCUAAGAAGAACGAAGAAACUGUGAUGGAAUCGGGAAAGCCUACUGCUGAAAAUGCUGGUGAACCUGUGAUAAAGGAAGGAAGUGCUAUGGAAUUGGAUGAACCUGCUGUUGAGAUGGCUCGAGAAUCUGCAAGGAAUAAAAAAAUCACAGCGGAAGUGGAAGAACAUGCAGGCGAAAAGAUUGGCGGAUCUGCAAAGAAGGAAGAAAGAGCAAAGGAAGUGCAGGUGGCUCAUGUUGUGAAUGUUGGAGGUUCUUCAAAGCAAGAGUCUGUUGUUGCAAGGGUUGGGAAAUCACUUGAGAAUGAGGGGACUGAUGGCGCAAAGGAGCGUGAAGUAGUUAUGAAAGAGAAAGAGGAGACAGGGGAUUUUGGCAAUAAGGAGGGAACCAAUGUGGUUUGUGUUAACAUGGAAGGGAAAUCCAUAGAAGAGUCUCGAGGAGAAGAUACCCAACCUGCAAAGGACUAUGGCAGUGAUGAGGGAAUGGAGUAUUAUGGUGAUAGACUAGACCUUGGUGAACAUGGGGAGGAAGAGCUUGCUGAGGAUGAUCCAGACGAGGCUGCUGAAGAUACUGAGGCACUGCAAGAAGAACGCAGGGAACUAACGGCUGCUGCAAAGGAACGUCGGCAUAAUAAAGAGCAUGAGAUAUUUGUCGGUGGAUUGGAUCGGGAUGCAGAGGAGGAAGAUUUGAGAAAGGUGUUUGAAAGGAUGGGAGGGGUAGUUGAAGUUAGGUUGCAUAAGGAUCCAUCUACCAAUAAGAACAAAGGGUAUGCAUUUGUGAAGUUUGCUAAUAAGGAGCAUGCUAAGCGGGCUUUGUCAGAAAUGAAGAACCCUGUUAUACGUGGAAAGCGAUGUGGAACUGCACCCAGUGAGGACAGUGACACGCUGUUUCUGGGUAAUAUCUGCAACACUUGGACAAAGGAAGCUAUCAAACAGAAGUUGAAAGAAUAUGGUGUGGAAGGUGUUGAAAACAUCACCCUUGUCUCGGAUGUUCAACACGAGGGGUUGAGCCGGGGUUUUGCAUUCCUUGAGUUUUCUUGUCAUGUAGAUGCCAUGCUUGCUUACAAGAGGCUUCAAAAGCCUGAUGUUAUUUUUGGCCACCCUGAGAGAACUGCCAAAGUAGCUUUUGCUGAUCCCUUACGUGAGCCUGACCCGGUGAUCAUGGCCCAAGUGAAGUCAGUGUUUCUUGAUGGGCUUCCACCGUACUGGGAUGAAGACCAUGUUAGGGAGAAGCUUAAAGGUUAUGGAGAUAUUGUACAAAUUGUCCUGGCUCGGAAUAUGUCAACAGCGAAGAGAAAAGAUUUUGGAUUCGUUGAUUUCUCAGCCCAUGAAGCUGCUGUAGCGUGUGUUGCUGGCAUAAACAGUACACAACUGGGUGAUGGGAAGGUGAAAGUGAAAGCAAGGCUCUCAAAUCCUUUGCCCAAAACACAGGCGGUGAAGGGUGGACUCUGUGGUGGAUUUAGAAUUGGCCACGGCAAUGGUUUAGCGACUUCAAACUUUGGAAGGGGGUUUGGGCGGCGAGGGCAGCCCUUCUCCCGUUCAAAUUUCCAAUGGAACAGGGGUUUCUAUCAAGGUGGACGUGGGCAAACUGGUAGAAUGGGUUUUCUGAAUCAGUAUGAUUUUGGUCAUCCACACACCGAUUUUCAUGGGAGACACUUUACUGGACAAGGAGGAAGAAGGGAUUCAUACAGAGGCGGUAAUUACACUUCUGGAGUGGGAGCUGCAGUUGCUCCCCCAUCAAGACCUAAUCUUGAUCGACCCUGGCAUAGUGCCCCUGAUAGGGGCCGUGGGAUGCAUUUUCCUUCUAGGAGGCAACCAUAUUCUCCGGAAGGACACUUUGACAGACAUGCCAUUGGGGGGCACUUUGAUGGCCCUUAUCUCUAUGAUGAGAAUGGACAUGGAAUGAAGCGGCCAUUUUAUAUGACAGACCAUGAUUCUCAUUACAUGGAGCCUAAAAGGUUUCGCUCGCGUUUGGAUUACACCGAUCCAUCAGCUUUUCAUGGAAGCGGCUUUCAUGAUAAUUAUGGAGCUGGCAGCAGUAUUUACCCUCAUGAUUAUUAUGGCCCUGAUUAUGGUGGAGGUUCAUAUUCAUCUUUCCAUGGGAGUGACCGCCCAUAUGGCGGUGGCUAUUACUAUUAGAUUCUCGGCCAGGUGGGCUUGGAAAUGAGGCAUACACUUCAUAAAUGAUGAACAAGUGACUUGCUGUUAGAAAGCAAACGAUGCCAUCUAAUCACAGUCCUGACUGCAUCGGAAAAGUUGGAAGUGGCAUUAUAUAUUUCCUGCAUGUCUAUAUACUACUUUUCAUCCCAGUCCCUCACCUAUCUUUACUCUUUGGUUUUCUCUAUGAACUUUUUGGUAGAAUAUCCUGAAUAUUGAUGUUUCUAGUUUAGGUGGAGAUUCAAUGGACUUGCCUCUUUAGCCUUAGGUGUGAAAAUCUUGGGGAUUGCUGAUAUGAGCUGUAGUGCUAAAGGGCAAGAAUUUCUUUCCUUCUAUGUUGAUGAUACUAUGUGUUGAUGCUUAAAGAAAACAGAUUGGAUUA